AAAUGACAGAUAAACUUUGUAUCAUCAACCGAGUUUGACAAAACUCAACACAUCAUCUAUAUUGUAUACAAUCCAAUUAUACAAUUUUGUUUAUUGUUUGUAUACGGUUCAUUUAGAAAUGAUUUUUUCUCUAUCGGACGGUGUUUGAAAGAUAAAUAGUUAUGGAUACCGUACAUCGCACGUGUGUUUUACUCAUAUAUACUUCUAUAGUUUUGGCUACAUGCGCAUUUGGUGCAGAAACGUUAUCUAGACAAAAACGAGUGAUCGGUGGAACUGAAAUCUCAAAAGGCCACAGUCCUUGGCUGGUGUCUUUGCACGGGAAAAUUGUGACAGAGAGGUUAUUUGGUAUCAUACCAAUACGUCACAGGCACGUGUAUUGUGGUGGCUCUCUCCUCAAUGACCGAUACGUCCUUACAGCCGCACACUGCUUUGAUUCAGGACGAGAUGUUGACGAGUGGGAAGUUAGGCUGGCAACAGUUGAUCUAAAGGUUGCCCUAGCCGACAGAUUUAUGGAUUUUCUAGGAAAAACACUUGGAAAAAAAGACUGGCGUAUCUGGGAAAUAGACGUGUCAAAAAUCAUCAUACAUCCGGGAUACAAUAAAAAUGAUUUGUGGUAUCAGGAUAUAGCUAUCGUCAAGCUAGAGGACCCGGUGCCGUCUGGUCCAAGGUUCGAGCAUAUCAAGAGGAUUCAACUUCCAGACGGUUUCGACUUCAGCUUUCCAGCCAAGGGAAGCAACUGCCAUAUGGCUGGUUGGGGAUGUACUGCGGCCGGUGGGGGUAUAUCUCGCUAUGCCAUGUCCGUACAGCUACCUAUUUUAGAUGACACUGAAUGUGGUUACUAUUACAAUCUACGAACCAUGUUUGGUAGACUUUGUGCAGGCUUCAAAUCCAGUAGUAACAGUGGAGGAAUUUGUCCGGGAGACAGUGGAGGUCCGUUAGUUUGCCAGAAUUACCUAGGGGAAUGGACUCAAGUGGGUAUAGCAAGUUUUACCAGUAAAGCAAGGCCAGAGAAAUUUCCAGCUGUGUUUACACGUGUGUCCGACUAUGUCACGUGGAUAAAGAGUUACACUGAAUAUUAAAUAAUAUGGUAGCAAAAUUAACUCUAUAAAUCUAGCACAUUUUCGGAGGAUUCAGACCAUCAAAAUAAGUACAAUCAUGUUGCGUUGAAAUUAUAAGUUACGUCACGUAGACGGGUUACACAUCAUCUUGCAGAUCAAUUAGAAAUUAACCUUUCGAAUAAUGUAUGUCGUGCAUCAUUUUUCUUAUAUUUUAAGGCUUGGUACUGAGAUUGUAAAUGAUUGCUAACUAUCUGUUCAUACACAUAAUAUCAUAGAAUUCAUCAAAAUACAAUA